AUGGAUGGCCGUGAGGAAUCUAUACAAUCUGCCAUUGAUGAUCUUCGCGCUGGUGUUUUUACAAGUCAGCGAAAGGCUGCUAAGGCCUAUGGUGUUCCCCAAUAUACGCUCCAAGAGCGCAUCAACGGUUGUCAACCCAACGCGAUAGCUCACUCAAAUCAAUAGCGAUUGACUUCGGAACAAGAGACCUUUCUAUUAGAUUCGAUACUUGAUGAGGACUCACGCGCACAACCCCCAUCUCAUCCGCGCGUACGAGAGAUGGACACCCAAAUCCUGCACAUGACUGGUGACUACGAGCUUCUCGGGCAACUAUGGGUACCCCAUCUCAUCGCCCGCAACCCGCGCGUUGCAUCUAUAAUCAGCCAAACAAUCGAGAGCGCACGGACUACAGCAGCCAAUUAUGAGACUAUACGUGCCUUCCUAGAGCUGUUUGAACGGACUCGGGUAGAGCUGGGUACACAGUAUGAGGAUAUCUGGAAUACGGAUGAGACUGGGGUUGCACUAGGGGCAUGUACCAACGCCCAGGUGCUUGCUAGUUCAUUAAAGAAUGUAGCGGCGUGGGCCGCUGUGGUAUACUGACAGCUACAGUAAACGAUAACGUAGGACUAUCGGGUCGAUGGAAUACUGCGCUGAGUUGCUAUCUAGCUAGGAGACGAGGAUAUAUACAUGUCUUGAAACGUGCUAACUUUGAACCGUUACAGACGUGUGGG